AUGCUCGAGAACACGCUACCCAGGUACCUUCUCAUCCGAGGCAUCAUCCUCGCCUUCCGCGCCAUCACACCCCUCAGCAUCUUCUGCGUGUCCUUCAGCAUUGCAGAGCCCCCACACACAGCCCUCGGUCGCUUCCUGCUCGCCUGGAGCAUCCUCGAGACGGCCUUUUGGCUGCUCGUCUACUUGCCCCGCAAGCGUUUGCUCCAGGCCUCGGCUCAGCAUCCUCCACUCCUCGAUCAGGAAGAGAGGAAGGCGCUCUUUUGGAAGGGCUGGGAACACAUACCGAAUCCAGAGUACUAUAUAAGCAGAUGGUUCCUCGGAGCAAGGCUAGGCGAGGUGCGGAGGCAGAAUGUGCGCGAGUUCUUUGCGUGGGGCCUCAUGAAUCGGGGCACUGAGAGCGACGCAGAGAGGAACAAGAGAGUGCAGGAGCACCCGGAAGAGAGCCAGGCACAAGAGGAGGAGCUGGAUGAGUACGCUGAUGGCAUACAGACGCUGCUUGGGAGGAGACUUGAGCCUGGUUGGGGCAGCGCGAAGAGCCUGCGGUUGACCAUCGAUCAAGUCAACAUGUCGCACCGGCCCUUUCUUUGGUAUAUGGUUGUCAUGCUCGUCGACACUUUCACGGCAGCCUGUCUCCGGUACCAUGGCUUCAUUUUAUUCCGCACCCACCUCCGUUCCUCGCUGGCAAUGUUUCCACCGCGACCCGCAACCCUUUUCACACACCACAUAUCCUCCGCACCUGACAUCAGCUACUGGUACCGCCCGCAUACCUCCAAGACGCGUCUUCCAAUCCUUUUUAUACACGGCAUUGGCAUUGGCCUAUAUCCUUAUGUUCCGUGGUUGGGCGAGAUAAACAAGCAUGAUCCUGACGCAGCACAAGACGGCGAAGUGGGCAUCAUUGCUAUCGAGUUGAUGCCCAUCAGCUUUCGCAUUACUGGGCCUAUUCCGCGCAGAGACGAGAUUUGUCGCCAGAUCAAUAUGAUUCUAGAACGCCACGGUCUAGACAAAGUCGUUCUUGCCAGCCACUCAUAUGGUUCUGUGAUUUCCACCCAUCUGAUUCAUAACCCUAGUACGGCCGCUAAAAUUGGACCCGUUCUCUUGAUUGACCCGGUCACAUUCUUGUUGCAUCUACCUGACGUUGCAUACAACUUCACGGCACGACGGCCAAAAGGCGCAAACGAGCACCAAUUGUACUGGUUCGCUUCGAUGGAUAUGAUGGUUGCGCACACGCUCGGACGCCACUUCUUCUGGGCACAGAACAUCCUGUGGAAGGAGGAUCUGCGAGGGCGAGAUGUAACAGUCAGUCUCGGCGGCAGGGACCUAAUUGUUGACUCAGAGACAGUUGGCAAGUAUCUCAAUGGAGUCGACCUGAAGAGCGAGGACAGGAAUUGGAAGGAUUCUGAAUGGAAGGGUAAAGGCAUCGAGACACUGUGGUGGCCGACUGUGGAUCAUGCGCAGGUUUUCGAAAGGAGAGACGGCAGGGCGAAGUUGACGCAGAUCUUGAGAGAAUACGUUAAGCGUAAAGUAGAAGAAGAAGACGAGGUGGAAGAGCGGCACUAA